AGUGUAGCGUUUUCGUAGAACGAGUGUGUUGGCCGGGUGAAUCUAGAAAACAAACAUGUUUACGCACCUCUCAUUCGAUCGUGGACGUAUCGUAAAACUCACGUUUUGUUGAACACAUUUGUCUAUGGAAUAAUGCACUCUACCUGCAUAUCGAGGUACUGCGAACGUAGGCAACACUCGUAAUGUGAGGCAAAAUGUGUUAUGCUGUAUUAGCAAAGUUCGUCCGAAGGAGGUUGGUGCUGGCGACCAUAUUUUUGUUGUCCCUGUCCUACUGUAUGGUACAUCUGAUUCGAAAGAAUAACAACCUGAAUCUACAUGCGGACUUCCUGCAAAGCCAGUUGCUACGUCACAAAGAGAUUGUGUGGACGAAACCGGCAUCGCUGCCGUCCGUCAACGAAACCGAGGAAAAACUGCCCUCCAGUUGCCGGAAUUCGGUGCAAGGCAAAACUCUUAUCGUGGACGACCGAGGAUACGUAUGCCCACGAUCGGCACUGCAGCAGAAUGGUUGUUGCAAUGACAUAGGCAAACGAAAGCUGUAUCCUUGCUCAUCCUGCCUGCCAAAUCGUUGCUGCGCUGUUUAUGAGUACUGCGUGGCGUGUUGUUUGCAUCCCGACAUGCGACCCAUUUUGGAAGAGGUUUUAGCGAAAGCCAACGGCCGGCAAGUGGCAUUAUAUGCAACCGUGGUCGAUCAGUUUGAGCUUUGUCUGACAAAGUGUCGCACCAACUCGCAGUCCGUGCAGAACGAAAACAAGUAUCGUAAUCCAGAACAGAAACACUGCUACGGUGAGAUCAAUGAGGCUUGGCUCUCAUCGAGUGAGAACGAUGGAAACAAAGUGAUCCCAAAUGAUGCCUAGCGCUGCCCAGUUGGGCUGGCUGGGCGUUUUGUAUAGUUAAGAAACUAACAAAUUGAUAGUACGAAAAAGUAGCGCUAUGUAUCCGACAUAGAUAGAUUAAAGCGAGCAAUUAGCCAAAUGUUAGCAUGUGUAA